AUGAAGUUGUGCCCCUCGCAGAUCACUUUCAUGGCCUGCUGCCUUCUGCUGACAAUGGUGGCGUCUGUCUAUGUCUUCUCGCGCAGCAAACCGGUGUAUCUGCUCGACUACCACUGCUACAAACCGCCCGACGAGUUGAAAAUGCCCCAUGCAAAAUUCUUGGAUCUGUCUCGGGACUGCAAGGCAAUUUUCACCACAUUUCUGAAGUUCACUGAGAAGAGCAUGGAGUUCCAGAGGAAGAUCAUUGAGCGGUCUGGGUUGGGCGAUGAGACGUACCUGCCAGAAGCUGUGCACUCUGUGCCGGCCAGCAUUUCCAUGAAGGCGGCUCGGGUGGAGGCCGAGAUGGUCAUGUUUGAAAGCGUGAGGGAGGUGGACAUCCUGAUAGUGAACUGCUCGCUGUUCAAUCCGACGCCCUCCCUGAGCGCCAUGAUCGUGAACCACUUCAAGAUGAAGUCCAACGUGGUCUCGUACAACCUGUCGGGCAUGGGCUGCUCUGCUGGCGUCAUCGCCAUCUCCCUCGCCAAGGAACUGCUGCAGGUGUACCCCAACAGCAGGGCGCUGGUGAUCAGCACGGAGAACAUAACGCAGAACUGGUACUUUGGCAACGACCGCGCCAUGCUCAUCCCCAACUGCCUCUUCCGCGUCGGGGCCGCGGCCGUCCUCAUGUCCAACCGCCGCAGCGACCGCCGACGAGCCAAGUACGAGCUGGCGCAUGUGGUGCGCACUCACAUGGGCGCCAGCGAUGCGUCCUACGGCUGCGUCUUCCAGCAGGAGGACGAGGACGGCACAGCAGGGGUGUACCUGUCGAAGGACCUGAUGUCGAUUGCUGGGCAUGCCCUGAAGGCCAACAUCACGACGCUGGGGCCCCUGGUGCUGAAGCGGCGGAUAAAGCCAUACAUCCCAGACUUCAAGCUGGCGUUCGAGCACGUGUGCAUACACACGGGCGGGCGCGGAGUGGUGGAGGAGAUUGAGAAGCAGCUGGCAAUGACCCCUGCGCUCAUGCAGCCCUCCAAGGACACCCUCUUCCGCUAUGGCAACACCUCCUCAUCCUCAAUCUGGUAUGUGCUGGCAAACAUCGAGACAAAGGUGGGCGUGCGCCGGGGGGACCGCGUGUGGCAGAUUGCAUUUGGUUCCGGCUUCAAGUGCAACAGUGCCAUCUGGCGAGCGCUGCAUAACAUCGACACGCAGCAUUCUGCAGAUAUAGCCAGACCAGAUCUGGGAUCGGUAGCACUGUCAGCAGGAGUCGCAGGCGUUGUCCUCAGCUCUGUGUUAUCACCCUUCGAGCUCAUCAAGUGCCGGAUGCAGAUGGCGCACAGGAAUGUGCACGGCGGGGCAAAGCCCCCGUACAGCAGCGGGAUCACAUGCCUGCAGCACCUGCUACGGACCGAGGGGCUACGGGGCCUCACCAGGGGUACGGGCGCUACGAUGGCGCGGGAGACGCCCGGGAACGCCCUCUUCUUCACAGUCUACGAGCUGCUCCGGCGAGUCAUCCCCGGCCGGCAGCCGUCGGCCGCGCCGUCUGGGGACGGCUUCCUGGCGAUCCUCGGCGACGCGGCCAGCUCCAUCGUGUGCGGCGGCCUGGCCGGCAUGGUCAUGUGGGCCACCGUGCUGCCCAUAGACGUGGCAAAGACGCGCAUCCAGACGGCCACCCCGGGGUCGCCGCGCGACGUCGGCGUCCUGCGCAACCUCACCAUGAUGCACCGCGAAGGGGGCGCGGCUGCACUGUAUGCAGGCAUCCGGCCAACACUCAUUAGAGCGUUCCCUGCCAAUGCUGCACAGUGGCUGACAUGGGAGUGCUGCAUGAGGGGUUACCGCAGAUGGAGUGAUGGGCACGCAUGACAUGCAGCAGGGGUUGAUGGCGCAUGCGCGUCACAGCUGUAGAUUUGCAUUAGCUGAUUUCAACUUAGUGAGGGUUGCAAUAUUGUUUAUUUCCAGUGCUGCUGUCUUUAGCAACACUAACAGAAGCAGUCUGUCGCAAAUGAUUGCCCGAUUUCUGCUGCUGUGGAGAGCAGCUGUCGUUUCAAAGAGAGAGGAUUGGACAUGUGUUUGCCAUGUGAUAAAGAGACAAACAGCAUUGAGAAUCUCAAUUUGAGAUGGCCUGCUUUUACAUGUUGUGAUCCAAUUGAGCAGGUCUGGAUCUCUUGUGUUUCAACUGAUCAGGGCAUUGUUAUUACUGCGAGAUUGCAUGCAGCAAACCCCAACGUCCUGAGCAUGUCCCCAUACAGAGAUCUUAUAUCUCGGGGUUCCAUGCUGCAUGAGCACAACAUGCUGCAAGUCCUCUGCUGCUCAACCAGCAUCCCUCAAGUGCACCAGCUCAGAGAGCGUGUUCUUAUGAAGCCUGCUAUCUCCCAUAAAAAGGGGCUGUUGCGGCAGAGCGCGCGAUCAGCCGGCCUCCUCUCACCACUCCCUCCUCUCGCUGCAUGACACAGAUUGCUGCACUACAACAGCUGCUGCACUCCAAGCAGAUCCCUAGAAGCGUUGUUCGGCACCCAACAGGCAUCUCUGGCGAAGAGCUGGGAAGCUCUAAGUUUGGCAGCCAAGAUGGAGUGAAAGCCCAGAGCAUUUUUGGCCUUCAUCCAAUGCUGCAGCCAGCUGGUCUCUCUCAACUCGCAACCUUGUUAAUGGCUAGUGUCACCAGUCGUGCCCCACAAUCCUCUGAGGCCCUUCCUCCACUGUCGAGUCAACUGCGGGAAGAUGAGCCGCUGAGCCCCCAGCUGUCAGUGGGGGGUCUUCAAGAGGGCUUGGUGGGGCUGUGGAACUGGUGGCCACCGCCGGGGCCUCUAAUCCUCUGCUCAGGGGAUCCGUGGGGGCCAGGGACCCCCGGGUGUUCCAUGUGGGGUCCUCCCGGGCCGCCG